GUGGUAUUAUGAUGUCUUCGAUCCGGAUAUCUGGGGCCAAGAAUAUUUACUCGACUAAGAGCACUCAGCAGAAAUGGAGUCGGCAACUCCAGUGAUCAAAGUCGCAGCUCUUUGUGGUUCUCUUCGCAAAGGCUCCUACAGUCGCGGCCUCCUUCGUUAUGCAACUGAGGUAACUAAGGAGUCGGUGAAGGGAAUUGAAAUUGAGUACAUAGACAUAUCGCCACUGCCUAUGCUGAAUACUGAUCUUGAAGGUGCUGAUGGUUCUUUCCCGCCGAUUAUUGAAGCUUUCCGGCAAAAGAUUCGUGAAGCUGAUAGCGUUCUUUUUGCCUCCCCAGAGUAUAAUUACUCUGUCUCUGCUCCACUGAAAAAUGCAAUUGACUGGGCGUCUAGACCACCCAACUGUUGGGCUGAUAAAGCUGCUGCCAUUGUGAGUGCUGGAGCAGAUUUCGGUGGCGGCCGAUCGCAUUACCAUUUACGGCAAAUUGGGAUUUAUAUCGACCUUCAUUUUAUCAACAAACCUGAAUUUUUCUUGAAUGCAUUCAAGCCUCCUGCAAAAUUUGACAACGAUGGCAACUUAAUUGAUCCAGCAUCAAAGGAGAGAAUAAAGGAAGUUCUCUUAAGCUUAUAUGCAUUUACUUUGCGACUCAAAGGAAAAUGCUAAGGCAUGUUGUAAUUUAGGCUCUGCCAUUUUACUGUUUGUCUGAUCAAUUAUGAUCCAAUAAGUGAAAAAAUUUGGAAUAAGGUUCGACUUCCCUCUUUAA